CAGCCACCCGUACCAGCACACCCACCAGCAGCGCACACCCAGCCAUGUUCAGCAGCCGCUCCGAGUACGACCGAGGCGUCAACACCUUCUCGCCUGAAGGUCGCCUCUUCCAGGUCGAGUACGCCAUCGAGGCCAUCAAGCUCGGCUCAACGACGGUCGGCAUCCAGACCUCGGAGGGCGUCGUCCUCGCCGUCGAGAAGCGCACCCAGUCGCCCUUGCUCGAGUCCGACUCGGUCGAAAAGAUCAUGGAGAUUGACCGCCACAUUGCGUGCGCCAUGAGCGGCUUGACGGCAGACGCGAGGACCAUGGUCGAGCAUGCGCGCGUCACGGCCCAGAACCACUUCUUUACGUACGACGAGGAGAUCAAGGUCGAGUCGGUGACGCAGUCGGUGUCGGACCUCGCGCUGAGGUUCGGCGAGGGCGCGAACGAGGAGGAGGCGUCCAUGUCCCGGCCAUUCGGCGUCGCGCUCCUGAUCGCGGGCGUCGACCAGCACGGCCCGCAGCUGUACCACGCCGACCCCUCGGGCACGUUUAUGCGGUUCCAGGCGAAAGCGAUGGGUUCGGGCUCCGAGGGCGCCCAGUCCGAGCUGCAGGACUCGUACGACAAGAGCAUGUCGCUCGAGCAGGCAAAGGUGCUCGCGCUCAAGGUCCUCAAGCAGGUCAUGGAGGACCAGCUCGACGCCAACAAUGUCCAGCUCGCCCAGGUCGUGCCCGGGACUGGGUACACGCUCCUCAAGCCCGACCAGCUCAAGGAGGUGAUUGCGCAGAUCCAGGCGUGAGCGGGCGCGGCGCGGUCGCUGGGUCGUCGAGCGAGCGAGGUCGAGCAAGAGGCUGCAACUCGCAACUUUGUAGAAAUCUCU